AGUAACACAGUAACGACUUUGUACCCUAAGUUGUGUUGAAAUUAGUUCGUUUUCAAUGUUGAAACGAAGAUAGUCGCUUCUUUUCUGAAAGCGUACUGAAGAACAACAAAAUGAGCUCGCCAACCAGUCCACCAACAUUUGUAUCACAAAGAUCAUUGUCGGAAGCUACUGAAGUUGAAUACAGUGAAGCUAAUAAGAUAUCGUUAGAUAUUACCGAUACAAGUGUGUCGAGAAUACCAAAAUGUGCAAGAUGUAGAAACCAUGGAGUCGAUCGCGAAUUAAAAGGACACAAGGAGAAGUGCGAUUACAAGGAUUGUACAUGUCGUUCGUGUUUGGUUGUCGUUGAGCGACAGAAGAUAACAGCUGCGAGAGUAGCACAUUUGAGACAACAAAGAAAAAUUGCCGGCAAACGAGGUUUACCUGGUCACGAUUAUCCAGAGUAUAAUCCUUUGACAGAAGAAGAAGAGUAUGUCUUAUCGAGACAUCUACAGAGGAAGAGCUCUUCGGACGACGAAAAGUCGGACGCUACAUCUCCACGCCAUGUAGAACCCAUGCCACGUUACAUCAGCAGAAGACAUCACCCAGACCUAACCCAUCCAUCGGAAUUACCACCGGAGCGAGUUGUGACGUUGUAUGAAGAAAGCCACGUCCGUUUUCCACGAUAUUAUGAAAAGCGUUAUCACCACGACAAUUCCGAACGUCAUUCAGACCACAGACAAACUUCACGGCACCAACAUGUUCACGAUUAUCAUUAUGCGCCAAGUGGACAUUAUUUUCAUCCUUAUCGCCGGCACUAUCGAGAAAUUGUUCGAAACACUAAUCGUAUCAGCAGGGGCGGAGCAAGAUCUCCACAUCAGAUUGCUUACUCUUCAAGAAAUCACGAGAGUUUCAAUGAUGAGAGGUCUUACAAAAACUUCAAACCGGUUAAAGAAACAAGUGUAAACUCGUCCUCCGAGGAAGAGAACAAACAGAGUAAAAAAGAAGCUGAUGGGUUGGAAAGUUCCGCUGCACAAAAAGAGAAAAAUACAAAAUCAACGGAAGAUGAAGAAGAGAUGCAAGAAAGUGCGUUGAACGAGAAUAGAAAAACAAAAAGGUUAGAAGUGCUUUUAAUCAUGUUUCCUGAAAUGAAAGAAAACUACCUCGAAAAUAUUCUUCGAUCGCAUCAAUAUGACAUUCAGUCCGCAGUGGCACAGCUUCUUCGCAUAAACAUCGUUGCAACGAGAGAGCAGCCAUUUUAUCCUGUCUACCUACCAACCAGGUGUUCAUGCUGUUCGUCACCAGGCUCUUAUUACCAUGAAGACUAUUCCGCAUCACGUCACGAAGACCGCCAGGAAAACAAAGAAGCCACGAAGGAGAAAAAAUCAUUGUCAGCAUUCACUCUUGUCAGGCGAACACCGUCUAACGAUGGAGAAUAACUGAAAUUGCAUAUAACCGGUAGCCGAAAUUGUGCAAAAACUGAUUACUUUAUUCAGUUUGGGUAUCGCAACAGAGCAAUAGAGAUUUUUAGCUAAAUCAGUUUGACUUUUUUCACUUUUUUUAGAGAUGAAACUUCCUUAAACUAGUUCGAAUUCAGGUUUUUUUCUUUGAAGAUUAUUGAAGAAAAUAUAGUUUGGGA